AUGGAGAUGAUGGUGAAGAUUAAAUUUCACAGGAGAGACCACCACCACAAGGAGACAAUCAACAACCUCCUCAUCCUGGAAAGCCACAAGGCCUGUCUCCACAAGGAGGCCAGCAGCAGAAUCACCCUCCUCAGCCUGGAAACCAGCAAGGCCUACCCCAAGGACCACCCAAGCAAAAAAAAGUAUAAUUUCAAUCUACGCUUAAAUGACCUGUGGACCUUUUCUCACGAUGUCAUCAGUGAAGACUCUUCAGUCCAGCUCUUAGGACAGCCCCCAAAGCCAACUCCUCCUGAGGAAGGUGGUGAUGAGAACAGUGGUGAAGAGCAAAAUUCACAGGAGGAAUCAGCUCAGGAAAAGGGCUGUGAACCUGGGAACCAGCAGGGCCCCUCUCCACAGGGAGGCCAGCAGGGCCCUCCUAAGCCUGGUAAACAGCAAGGCCCACCCCCACAGGGAGGCCAGCAGGGCCCUCCUAAGCCUGGUAAACAGCAAGGCCCACCCCCACAGGGAGGUCAGCAACAGAAAUGCCCUCCUCAGCCUGGUAACCAACAAAGCCCAUCCCAACAAGUAGACCAGGAACAACCAAGUUACCUGAAGACAUUUCUCCCUUCAGGCUACUGCCUGGGAUUAGAUCUUUUAUCUGGCAAAGCAGCACCCAGGCCAUCUGGUGAGCUACUCCAAGGACUUGCAAUGUUUGCACUAGGCCUUUCAUGGUUCUUAAAGCAUCUUCAUACUCACAUGGCAGACCGAACCUCUCAAGCAGAGUUUAUCGGGGUUACUGAUGGAGCAAUGGAUGAGGGUUUACUUACAGGAGUGUGGGUGCUGCCCCCCGCCCCAGACUGCGAUGGAAAAUCUCCAUCGGGCAUGGAUGUGACCUCACAGCUUCGUGAAAUGGCUGACUGGGGCAGAGCAACAAAACCAGGGGCAUGGUCACCACUCUCCACAAGCCCCUCCUGGAGGAUGGCCCCCCAAACCCCUCCUCCUGAGGAAGGUGGUAAUGAUAACAGUGGUGAAGAAGCAAAUUUACAAGAGCAACCAGCACAGCAAGAAGGCAGUGAGCAGACCCCUCAGCCUAAAAACCAGCGACCACCCCCACAGGGAGGUCAGCAGCAGCAGAACUACAUUCCAAGUCCUGGAAAACAGCAAAGUCCACUUCCACAUAGAGGCCAACAGGGCCCUCCUAAGCCUGGAAACCAGCAAGUCCUACUCCCACAGGGAGGUUAGCAACCAAAGUCUCCCCAUCCUGGAAAGGAGAAAGGUCCACCCCCACAGGGAGGCCAGCAGGUUCCUCUUCAGCUUGGAAACCAACAAGGCUGGCCCUAG